UGUUGGAGUCUCUAAACAAUAUUUUGUGUGUGGGCUUCAAAGCGAUUAGACGUUAUCCGUAUCAGUAGCUCCACAGACGUGUAAGAAUCAAAUGAUAUUUUAUUGCUCAUGAUAAUAUUUAGCGUAAUUACAGCUGUAUUAUGGUAGCUUAACAAUAACUGUUUGAGUACUAUUGGAAUGUUUAUGUGUGUGUGUGUGCAUAAAAUAAUAUAAAUUUAACGGCUACGUUUGUGUUGACGUGUGUGCAAUUAGUUGGAAAUUCAUACGUUUGCCAGUUGAAACACGGAACAAUUCAAACAAAGCUCAACAUUUGAAAUGAGAUAUUUUGGCGGCAUUGAAGGCGGUGCAACGCACUCCCACUUAGUCAUCUGCGAUGAGAGUGGAGAAUCCGUGGGCACCACCAGCGGAUUGGGGACAAACCAUUGGGGCAUUGGCAUUCCCGAGUGUGCCCGACGCAUUGCCGAUAUGGUGGAGCGUUGCAAGGAAGAGGCAAAAAUACCAAUGGACACUCCGCUGGCGAGUUUAGGUCUCAGUCUAAGCGGCUGUGAGCAGGAGGCCACCAAUCGAGAGCUGGAGCAGGAGCUGCAAAACACAUUUCCCAAUCUUUCUGAUAGCUAUGCCGUUUCCAGCGAUACAAUGGGCAGCAUGUUCACCGCCUCCUCCAUUGGCGGCAUAGUGCUCAUCUCGGGAACGGGAUCCAAUUGCCUGCUGCGCAAUCCGGACGGAUCCACAGCCAACUGUGGCGGUUGGGGUAAUUUUCUCGGGGAUGAGGGCAGCGCCUGGUUCAUAUCCCAUCGGUCCGUGAAAGUGGUGUUUGAUGACAUGGACAACUUUAAGAAGUCACCGUAUCCCAUUGAAAAGACGUGGGCCUUGAUCAAGGAGCAUUUCAGCAUCGAGACACGCUACGAUAUGCUGACACACUGCUAUGCUCGAUUCGACAAGCCUUUCUUUGCCAAUAUGUGCAAGAAGCUGGCAUCGAGUGCUGAAAGUGGUGACAAGCUGGCCUUGUCGCUCUUCCAAGAGGCUGGCGAGCACUUGGCUCGCAUGAUCAAGUCGCUGUUGCCCAAAGUCAGCAAGGAAUUGGUCAAGUCUGGCGAACUGGGCGUUGUCUGCGUGGGCUCAGUGUGGAGCAGCUGGAAUCUACUGCAGGAGGCGUUCACCAACGAGCUGACAAAGAUGCCCAUCCCAUACAAUCUCAAUCUGGUGCGCAUCACCAAGAGCAGCGCCUACGGUGCUUGCUACUUGGGUGCGGAUAAUGCUCAGUUCGAUUUGCCACGCAACUACGCCGAUAAUAUCACCGUGCUGCACACCUUCCCGGCCAGCAGUAAUCCCUUGAAAAACGGGAUGACGAAUAAGACUUGUGACUAUUAGCAAAUCGUACACAGUAUGGGUAUUACGCAAACAUUCUAAUAAAUGUAAUUUAAUAAAAUAUAUAGAUAUAUACAUGUAUUCCCAAACCUCCAAGAGAGAAGCCCAAUUUUUUAAGGGUUUGUUAGAAAUACGUAUGAAAAUUUUAUUCGAUAAAGUUCAUUGUAUUAAGUUGGU